AUGGAAGAAACCGGACCAAUAUGCCUUGGCCAUUUUAUCGCCGAUAUCGAACAUAUUGACUUCGCACUGAAUCAAGGGUGUAUCGAAGAGUUCCCACCCAGCAUGCGUGUCUACCAAACGAAAACGAUACACUUCAAAUGGGACGAGAACACCGAGGCCAGCGGAGGUGGCUCCUUCGGCAUGGGUGCACCCGCGCCAGGUGGUAUGGCCAUUAAAGGGAGCCUCAAGCAAGUGUUUCGACGUUCUGUCCACAGUUAUGAGGAGUAUGAUAGGCUUGACACGUACAUUGUACAGCCGAAUAAAGCCUAUAUCGCCGAGUGUCUGGAAAUCGAUGAGCUCGCAUCACAUAUUGCAGGAAAGAGAUCAUGGUCGGCAUUUAUGAUCACAGGCCUGAAGGUCGCGCGAAAAGGAUUCAAGACCCUCCAUCAAGCAAGGGGAACUAAGAAUGAACUUGGCUCAGAAAUGUGA